AUGUCAAUUUUAAGUGAACAUACGAUAUAAAUAAAAAAUGAAGCAAUAACAAUGAUGUCUGUAUCACAUAGUGCUAUUAGUCCAUCAAUAGCAAUAUGUACAAUAUCUCGGGUGAUGUUGUAUAAUGAUUAAGGUGAGAAAUUUGAUUAUGAAUUGGCUCGUAAUUAGAAACCGACUUCAAUAGCCUGGCAUCCUAUUCAACCAUAAUUAGCAAUAGGAUGGUAAAAUGGUAGAUAUAAGAAUAUUAAUUGUAGGUACAAUAACUAUAUGGUCUGAAGAAACACGUACAGCAAAGGAAGAAUCAGCAGUGCAUAAAGAAGAAAUUAAUUUAAUACAAUAUAAUACAAAUGGAUCUAGAAUGGUUAGUGCAGAUAUAUCUGGUCUGGUAGUAGUAUGGAGAGGAAUAACACCUAUGAGCACAUAUUAAAAAGAAGGCAUUAUGACAAUUUGCAUUUUUGCUGAUUUAAAUAAUAUCAUCAAGGCUUAAAAUUUAUUCUUUUUUGGAGGAAAAUCAGGAUUAGUUUGUUUGGCAGAUGAUAGUAAACAUUGUUCAGAAGUAUGCAAAGUAGUUGGUAGUAUUAAGUGUUUAAUGAUUUAUGAAAAAUAUAAUUCAGUGAUCAUAAUCACAAGUGGUUUACUUUUGGUUUAAUUUAAAAUAAGUACUAGUGAAAAGACAUAGCCAGAUAAAAAAGUUAAAUUAUCUAUUGCAGGAGAACCAGAAUCACUUUAAUCUGUUUGGAUUGGUUAAUGUUUAAUUGGAAUUUCAUCAAAUGAAAAUAUGAUAAGAAUGUUUUAAUUGGAAGCAGAUGAAAAUUAUGUUAUCACACUGCAUGAAUUUUAAGAGAUGUAUCCUUAAGAUAAGAUAUUAAAUGAUAAAAUCACAUGUGUAUAAUAUAGCAAGAAAUCUAAGAAUUUAGUUGCAGGGACUAAAGAUGGUAGAUUGGUAUUUUGGAAAAACUUUGCAUUGACAGAUGAAUCUCCUGUUGAGAGUGAAUAAUGGAAAGCAUUAAAAAUAAUUAAUCAUAAUAAAACAAUUAAUGAAAUUGCUAUAGGUAAGAACAGUGGAGUAAUUGCAGCAAGAUCAGCAGAUUCUGUUAGAAUAGUUUAAGAAUCAUUAGUUCAUGGAAAAGUACAAGAAAAUGUAAGGGUUUUGUAAGUAGAGCAUAACAAAAUUUUAAUAUAUUUUAAAAAUGAUUCUUAAAAUCAAGAUAAAGAAAAAGGACCUUGGUCAAUGUUUUUAUGGGAUAGUAAAUAUCCAAUAAAAUCAAUUGAUUGCACUUAAUAAUAUCUUAUGAUUUAAAGUGCAAAUAAGAUUGAAAUUAGUGAAUUUGCAAGUAAAAUACAAAUAAAUUUAUAUAGAUAAUUCUUAAAUUAUUUCAAAAUCUUCGUUUGACAGAAAGUGUGUGAAAGCUGCUCUAUUUUAAGAAGAUUUAAUAUUGUUUUAUGAAUAUAAAUUUGAAGUAACAAACUUUAAAGGAGUUUAAAAAUAUUUUGUAGAUUUUUCAGAGAGUGAUGGUAUAAUAGCUAAUUAUGAAUUCAAUAACAAAACAAUGGUUAUAUGGACACAUAAUAAUUAUUUUAGAUUAUAUGAUUUUAGUAGAAGAGAGGCUUAAUUAUAAGGGUUUAAUUGCAAAUUUGAGAAUGACAAAGGUCCAUUAGGUACAAUAAAAUAAUGUGCUGUAAAUUGUGAUGGCUCUAAUGUAGCUAUUAUAGCAGAUAAUCAUGGAAAUUAAAAUGAUUUAUUUUUUGUUUACAAUCCAGAGAACAAUAAUUUUUAAUCAUUUGAAUUACCUAAAUAUAGAAAAGCAAUGAAGAUUAUGUGGGAUUAUUCAGAUCCUAGAUUUUUUGGAGUAACUACAAUAUGCACAAAGAUAAAAACUAAUAGUGAAAAUGAUGUUGAAGAGGAAUAAGCUGAUUUUAGAGCCAAGAAGUUUUUUACUUUCUUUUUCAAUCCAUAAACAGGAAUUAAAGAAUAAGAUUGUUAUGUACUUGAAGAGAAAUAAGAGGGAAUAUUAUCUAUUCGUAUUCCUCAUAUUAAUGUAAUUUAGAAGAAAGAAUAACAAUAUAGAAUUUAAGAUAUAUUAAUGAAUGAUUUUACAGGUUUAGAGAGAGCAGAUGAACCAACAAAAAGAGCAGUUAUAAAUUUCUCUUAUCAUUUAUCUUGUGGUAAUUUAGAUGAGGCUUAUAAAUCUGUAAAAGCAAUUUAAAAUCCAACAGUGUGGGAAAAGAUGGCUUAAAUGAGUGUUAAAACAAGGAGAUUAGAUGUAGCUGAAAUUUGUAUAGGAAAUAUGAGAUUUGCAAGAGGUGCUAAGGCUAUUAGAGAAACAAAGAAAGAACCUGAAUUCGAAGCUUAAUUAGCUAUGGUUGCUAUUCAAUUAAAUAUGAUAUAAGAAGCAGAGAAAUUAUAUUACUAAUGCAAAAGAUAUGAUUUACUUAAUAAAUUGUAUUAAGCAUAAGGAUAAUGGGAAAAGGCAUUAGAAAUAGCAGAGAAACAUGAUAGAAUAAAUCUUUUAUCAACUUAUUAUAAAUUAGCUUAAUUUUAUGAAAUUUCUAAAGAAUGGGAUAAGGCUAUUUAGUAUUAUGAGAAAUCAGGAAAUGCAUAAAAAGAAAUACCAAGGAUGUUUUAUGAAGCUGAUGAAUUAAAAUAUUUAGAAGGCUAUGUAUUAUAAAAGAAGGAUCCAAUACUAUAUAAAUGGUGGGGUAAUCAUUUAGAAUCUUAAGAAUCAUAUGAUGAAGCAAUGAAGUUUUAUAGAGAUGCUAAUGAUGCAUUAGGAAUUGUUAGAGUAUUAUUGCACUAAGAUAAUUUAAGACAUGCAAAAGAAACUUGUAAUGAUAAGAAUGAUCCAGCUGCUCAUUAUUUCUUAGCUAAAUAUUUAGAAGCAAAGAAUAUUAUUCCAGAAGCUAUACAAUAUUAUGCUAAAGCUUAAUACUAUAGUGAAGCUAUAAGAUUAGCCAAAUAAGUUAAUUCUAUUUCUGAUGUUACUGCUAUUUCAUUAUAAGCACCUAAAUUAAUUAUGAUUUAAUCUGCUAUAUAUUUUGAAUAAAAGAAAAUUAUUGAUAAAGCUGUUUUACUUUAUAUGAGAGGUGGAUAAUUAUAAAAAGCGUUGUAUCUAGCUUAAAGAGAAAAAUUAACUGAUUAUGUCAAAAAAAUUAAUUAAGAGAUUUCACUCCAAAAAUAAGAAACUGUAGAUUUGACAUUUACAAAUACUGGUUCAUUAAAAGAAACUACAUCAUAAUAAAAAAUAAAUAAUUCCUCAUAAUAAUAAUAAUAAUAAUAAACUACUUAAUAAAAGGAUAAAACACCACCUCCUGGAUCAUUGUAAGAUUUAAUUAAUAAAAAAUAAUUUGAAAAAGUCUUAGAAACUUGUGAUAAUUAAGGUUUAUAAAUUACUGAUGAUCUAGUUAAAUAAAUGUUAGAUGGACUUGAUGAUAAAAAAAAAAAAGAAGUCUAAUUACUUAUUGCUGAAAAAUCAAAAAAAAUUGGAAAUUUUGAAUAAGCAUCUAAAAUGUAUAUAUAAAUGGGAGAAAGAGUUAAAGCAAUGAAAGCUCUUUGUAAAUUAGGUGAUGUUGAAAAAAUUAUUGCAUUUGCAAAUAAUGCUAGAAUGGCUGAAAUUUACAUUCUAGCUGGUAAUUACCUUUAAACUGGUGAUUGGCAUAAAACACCUGAACUUAUGAAACAUAUUAUACAAUUUUACAAUAAAGCUAAAGCAUUUGAUCAUUUAGCCAAUUUCUUUGAAGCUUGCUCUUCAGUUGAAAUAGAUGAAUAUAGAGAUUAUGAAAAAGCUUGUGCUGCAUUAAAAGAAGCUAUUAAAUAUUCAGAUAAAUCAACUAAUCAAUAAAAAACAACAUAAUUAUAAUAGAAAUUAAAAUUGAUUUUAGAUUUUGUUCAAGCAAAAUAGAAAUCACCAUAAGAGAUGUUAUAAAUUUACUAUAAAUUAUUAAAUGAUGUAUAAUAUUUUUCAUUUAUUUUAGGGUAAUAUUGAGUAUGCAGUUAGAUAGGGGGAUAUCUUUGCUGAAUUAGUAGAAUAUUAUUAUUCUCAAGGAUAAUAUGAAAAAGCUUAUGAUGAAAUGUAAAAAAUGUAGAAGAAAUCUAUUGUACUCAAUCCCUAUUUAGAUUAAGAAUUAGUACUAUUUUUAUUUAUUUUUAGAUUUAAAAAGUUAUGAAUUAUAUGAAAUAAAAAGUAGGUGGUCAAUAGUAAUAAUAAUAAUAAUAAAAUAAAAAGCAACCAUUUGGAAAAUAAUAACAACCAAAAGAUGAAGAUGAUUUCUAGGAAGAGGAUGUAAUUGACGAUGGAAUAUGA